CCCGGCUGGGAGCGUGCAUUCCUCCCAGAGCGCACCCCAGCCAGCCCCUGUAAGCCGCCUGGCUGCGUAGCACAGUGCGCAGGGGCACCGCCAGCCCAGUCUGCAGGAGAGCCCGGCAUUCGCUCCCCCGGCACUGGCCAGCUCCUUCGUACCCGAGUGGCACCUUGGGCCCCCUCCGGAGCCGGCUGUGACGGGCCCCUUGGUUGUCCCCAGCACGGUGAGGAGGUGUCCCCCGCUGCCAGCGACCUGGCCAUGGUGCUGACCCGCGGCCUGAGCCUGGAACACCAGAAGAGCAGCCGGGACAGCACGCAGACCACCACGCCGUCCUGCUCAGAGGACACCAUCCCCUCGCAAGGCUCGGAUUACGACUGCUACUCGGUGAACGGUGACGUGGAGUGCGACAGCCAGAGCGAGUUUGACAAAUCCUCCACCAUCCCGCGCAACAGCAACAUCGCGCAGAACUAUCGCCGCAUGAUCCAGACCAAGCGCCCUGCCUCCACCGCCGGGCUGCACGGGGCCCCCCCAGCCGGCCAGCGCACGCCCUCCACCAAGCCCUCUGUACGCCGCACCCUCUCCAACGCCGGGCCCAUCCCCAUCCGGCCCCCUAUAGUCCCGGUGAAGACCCCCACGGUGCCCGACUCCCCUGGCUAUGCGGGGCCCACCCGGGUGGGCAGUGAAGAGUGUGUGUUCUACGCCGACGACGCCUCGCCCAACGCCAUGGACUUCGCCAAAGCCUCCCCCAAGAGGCUCAGCCUCCCAAACACGGCCUGGGGCAGCGGUGCCACGGAGAUCUCGGUGUACCCGGGCACCGCCGGGCAGCACCUCUCUGCUGAGGAAGAGGAGGACCAGCAGCUGGCUGCCAAUCGGCACAGCCUGGUGGAGAAGAUUGGUGAGCUGGUGGCCAGUGCCCAUGCUCUGGGUGAAGGCCAAUUCCCCUUCCCCACUUCUCUCCUGGUCCCCAGCCCUGGGGAGGAGACGCCCACUCCGCCACCGGCUGCCUCCCCUCACCUCAUCCGGCGUGGGGUGCGCCUGCGCAGGACCAUCACCAACGACAGAUCCGCCCCGCGGAUCUUGUGAUAAAACUCCCCCGCCUGCCCCCCGCAGCCGACGGGAAGAGAGAGACCAGGGUCCGCAGGAGAGAAAUCCGCCCGAGCAUCACGGAGCAAAGCCACUUUCUGGAGCUAGAGCCGAGUCUCAAUUUUCAAUGGAAAUGAAAAGUCUUUGCUCGCAGACUGGCAAGGCGCCUGGCUUGGGAGCCUAUUUUAUACUGAAUUUCCCACACCCUCCUGCUCCUCCUCGCCCCCAGCCCCUCCCCACCGCCCGCCUGGCCGGGACACUGCUCCC